AUGUAUGAGAAACGGCUGCUUGUUAAUGAAUUGCACGUUCCGGCGAGAAGAAAUUUACCGCGAAGACACGUCAUAGUACAUGGAUACGACCUGUGGCAGGCGGAUGUGAUCGAGAUGCGUCCAUAUACGCGAUUCAACAGAGGUUACCACUACAUUCUCACCGUUAUGGAUGUGCUGAGUAAGCACUCAUGGGCCGUGCCGCUUAAAGCCAAGAGCGGAAACGAUGUGACGAAUGCGAUCGCAAAGAUAAAGAUCGAGACGAUAAAAGUUGUCCGAAAAAUCAACCGAUACACGCCGAAUUGGACUACGGAAGUCUUUAAAAUUAUCAAAGUGCAGCAAACUAAUCCAGUGACGUAUCUAUUGGAAGAUUUUCGCGAGGAGACUAUCGCUGGAGGAUUCUACGAAUAA